UCCUACACGGACUACAAUGUGCUUUUGGAUGGGCACACUCAUACUACCAUUUCCGAUGGACGGCUCACGCCCGAGCAGCUGGUCGACUACUCCAUUGCUCAGGGCUGCAAUGCUAUCAUUGUCAGCGAUCACAAUACAGUAAAGGGCGGGCUGCGGGCAGAGGAGUAUGCCAAAAGCAAGUACGCUGACAAGAUUGUGGUGAUCCCGGGCAUGGAGUACUCUAAUUGCCGCAUACAUAUGAACUUUAUCAACAUCAACACUACAGUGAUCGCUGGCAACUCUGAAUUCCCCAGCGACGAUGACAUCAGGCUUGCAAUUAGCCGGGUGCAUGAGCUUGGGGGCCUUGUCAUAGUCAACCACAUCCCUUGGUCCAACCGCACACUCAACCGCCUCAAAGCCCCACGUCUGCUUAACCACCCUAGCAUUCAGUCUCUUAUUGAAUGGGGCGUUGACGGGUUCGAAGUCAUCAAUCAGGAAACGUUCGACAUGCCGACAUAUCAGCACAUGCUGGCCCUCAAUUCGACAGCUACUCGCCGGACAACUGGUACCUCAGCGCCGCUAAUCUUUAUGACCGGAAGCGAUGUGCACAAGCCGACUAGUGCGUACUCGUGGACAGUGCUUCGGGCACGCUUAUUCACUAAAGAUGCAAUAAUGGAGGAAAUUGCCAAUGCGCGCACUUCGUUUUUGUUCGAUCCGGCCGGCAACCGGGCAAACAUUGUACCAGACUAUUCCACGCUGUACUUGGCGCUGUCUCCGUUGUCUGAGCUGGCAGAGUACUUUGAAUCGUUCUAUGACCGCUAUCAGGGCCAGUACUCGUUCCACGGCAGCCACUGCCAGCGCGACAUAGUCGACUUUCACAAACUAUCGAUCGUUUGUUUUGUCGCGUACUUUGUGUUGGGGGCGGUGAUAUUUGAGAUUAUACACCGGCUGCUUGGUUACAUUGUGCGCCGUGCUCACAACGCGUACAGCGCGCACAACAUGGCUAACACGCACACAUCGGACACUUUGGAAUGAACCG